AUGCUUAUUCGACAUUAUUUUCCAUUGAUUAUUAUUGAUGUAGUCGAAGUUGAUCAAACAGUUAUUGAAUUAGCUCGAGAUUUUUUUAAACUUGCAGAACAAACUAUGAAUAAAUAUUUUCACAUCAUUGCAGAUGAUGGGUAUCGUUAUGUGAAUGAAACAGCUUAUCGAUAUGAUAUGAUUUUUAUCGAUGCAUUUUUAGAAGAUACAAUACCUUCUCAGAUCAAUAAUCGACAAUUUUUUCUCAAGUUACAUGAAAUUUUACAUGAUGAUGGUUGUUUAAUAACAAAUGUCAAUAUUCCAACAACUAUUGCUUUUAAUCGAAUUGUUCAAACACUUUCUUCAAUAUUUGAAUCAAAUAUUUUAUUGGCUCAUACGAAUACGAUUGAGAAUGCACGUGUGAUUAUUUCGGGCAAUGAACCGUCGUUAAGAUUAAUUUCUUCAAAAACAGAAACGAUUCGACAAGCUGAAAGAUUCGAAAUAGAUGCAUGUUUAGAGUUUAGUCUUUCACGUCUAAUCUCUGUGGCAUAUCAAGGUUUAAUCAACAAUACAACAUUGAAAAAUUUCUAG